AUGAUUCUUCUUCGAAGUCUAACAUUACUAAUAACGAUUAGUAGUAUAACAAGUAUUGAUGUACUUGUACCUAUAUCAACAACAACACCUAGUUCAUCAUUUUAUCCAUAUAUUGCUCAUCCACGUCAACCACAACGAUUGAGUUUACCUCAGAAACGACCGUUACAUACAAAUAAAUUUUAUACUAAUCCACUCCUUGGUCCAGGUAAUAAUCCAAUAAUUACACAUCCAUUUGUACUUUUCAUGAAUCUUGAAUCACCAUAUGGUAUUUCAAUAUCAUGUACUGAACAAUUAGCAUUAGGACAACAAAUUGAUAGUACACGAGUAAAAUAUUUUAUAAAUGUUAUAUUAAAAAAUAUUCAAGUUAGUGCAACAGAAUUUACAGCACAAAAUUUUGAAAUUAUUAAUGUUGAUGAUCCUGGUUUUGCUUUAACAUUAAAAAUGCGUCAACAAAAUUCUCAAUCUUCUAUAACAAUGCCUAUUGUACGUGGUAUGGCAUAUGUUACAUUUGAAUAUAAUUCAGCAACACCAAAAAUUUCAACUACUCAUGCUAUUCUUUCUGUUAAUGGUCAAGCAUCAGGAAGAAUAAGUGGAAAACGUUUUGAAAUUGCUUUAAAUAAUGGUCAAACUUGGCUUUUAUAUACACUUAAUGGUGAUAUUACAUUAGAAUUUCGUGAUAAUCAAUUAUUUGGUACACAAGCAAUAACAAAUGUCCUUCGUUUAACUAAGAAACAAUCAGAUUCAUAUGCAAAUUCUUUACUUGAUAGUCAUGUAUCUGUUUAUCCAACAGGAUGUCAAUUAAAAGCUGAUGUAACUGAUUCAAAAGGUACAUAUACAUUUAUAUGGGAACGUAAAGGUGAUAUUACAAAAAAUCUUCUUCAUUAUACACUUGCACAUCAUAGACAAGUUAUAUCAACAAGUAGUGCGACAGCAACACCAGUUCAAACUCAAUCAGCAAGCAAAGGUCCAAUGAUAGGAUAUAUUGGUAAUGUUUGGAUAAUGACAGAAGAUUCAUUAUCAAAAAUGACUUAUCUUGCACCACGUCCACCUGCUCCUGAAUAUGAAGAUUCUAUUGUAGCACAAUUAAGAAGAGAUAUUACAGAUGGUGUUAAUUUAGGUGUAACAGAUUAUUAUUUUACAGGAAAAGCAUUUCAUAAAUAUGCUUUAUUAUGUUUAUUAGCUGAUUAUUAUAGAGAAACAUCAUUACGACAACAAUGUAUAAAUACAUUAGAAAGUGCAUUUGAUGUUCUUAUUACUGGAAAAAAUGCAAAUGCAUUACGAUAUGAUACAACAUGGUCUGGUCUUAUUUCAGCUGCUGGUUUAGCACCAUCACAAGAAUUAGCUGAUUUUGGCAAUUCAUAUUAUAAUGAUCAUCAUUAUCAUUGGGGAUAUUUUAUUCAAACAGGUGCAUUAAUUGCCUAUCUUGAUCCAAAUUAUAUACCUAAAAUGAAAAAUUGGGUUGAAAGUUUAAUACGUGAUGCUAAUAAUCCUUCAACACAAGAUACGAAUUUUCCACAAUUUCGUUAUUUUGAUUGGUAUUCAGGACAUAGUUGGAGUCAGGGUUUAUUUGAAUCAGCUGAUGGGAAAGAUCAAGAAUCAACAUCUGAAGAAAUUAAUUUUCAUUAUGGUUUAGCUUUAUGGGGUUUAUCUACUCAAUCAAAAACACUUGAAAGUCUUGGUCGAUUAAUGUUAGCUAUUGCUAAACGUACAAUUCAAACAUAUUUUCUUAUGGAUAGUGAUAAUAAAGUUAUGCCUAAAGAAUUUAUUGCUAAUAAAGUUACAGGUAUAUUUUUUGAAAACAAAGCAGAUUAUGCAACAUGGUUUGGACCUAAUCCAGAAUUUAUUCAUGGUAUUCAAAUGCUUCCAUCAACACCAAUUACCGAAGAAGUACGUCUUCCGAAAUUUGUUGAAGAAGAAUGGUCAACAAUAAUGAGUAAAGUCGUUGGAAGUGCAGCAGGAGGAUGGAAAAGUAUUUUAUAUAUGAACUAUGCUAUUAUUAAUCGUGGUGAAGCAUUUAAUCAAUUACUUUCUGCACCACUUGAUGAUGGUCUUACACGUACUUGGGCUCUUUAUUGGGCUGCUACACGACCAAAUACAAAUGGUGGUACAGGAACUUUACCUCCUACAACGUCGAAUCCAUCACAAGUUACUACACCAACUGCACCAACUACAACUGGUGGUGAAUGUACUAUGCCUUUGAAUGGUCCAUGUACAUCAUUAACUUCCCCAGGUGAUAAAGAUGCUGGUCUUGGUAUGUACUAUGACCAAACAUGUGCUCAAGGUGGUGUCGGUUGUCAUCAUGUAAAAGAAAAUUGUCGUCUAUGUGCUAAAAAUCCAGCAAUUGUUAACAAUCCUUUUGUUAAAUGUCCACCAUGUGUUUAA